UAAACUACUUUUUUUUGUCUAUGUUUUCGGUUAACGUGGUGGCUAAAAAUUAUAAAAAUAAAAUACUUUUCAGUUAUUUCAAAGUAGAGAGAUGAAAAAAUCUGUUGAAUAUCUCGUUGCUGAUACUACAGCUUUUAUACAGCAAGCACCAUUACAUGAAGUUGCAGAUGUUAUUCUUACAUGUCAAGAAGUACUAGACGAAAUUACCAAUAGGAGGCAGUUAAGAAGAUUGGUUACAUUGCCAUUUGAUCUAGUAAUUAAAGAAGUUUUUCCAGACAAUGUUAAAUUAGUAACAGAAUUUGCAAAGAAAACUGGUGAUUACCCGAGCCUCUCUGCCACCGAUAUUAAAGUCAUUUCUUUAACUUAUCAACUACAAAAAGAAAAGGUUGGUACAAAUCACCUAAGAAGUGAACCAAUUUUGCAAAAACCCCUAGUAACCACAGAAAACCCAGAUCCCGUGACAUCUGACAUUACUGGGUUUUUUGCACCAAAUGAAAUAGACACAGAUAAUAAAGCUCAACAAAAUAGCAAGAAUUUGGAUUCAAUGUUAGCAGAAAAUUUUGAAAAACUAGUUUGUGAUGACAGUCAAGAGCAAUUAAAUGAUUUGGAUAGUGGUAACGAUUACAAUGAAAGUGGUUGGAUCACUCCUUCUAAUAUAUCUGUUGUCAAAACCCAAUUGAAUUCUCAACUUAUGGAGGAAAAACAUGUCCCAGUAGCCUGUAUGACAACAGACUUUGCGAUGCAAAAUGUUUUGAAACAAAUGAAUCUAAACGUGGCAGCAUUAAAUGGCCACCUAAUCAAACAAUUAAAAACAUAUAUUUUGAGGUGUUAUGCUUGUUUUAAAACUACAAGUAUUAUGACAAAAAAAUUUUGCCCGAAAUGUGGCAAUGACACUCUAAAGAAAGUAGCCAUUUCUUUGGAUGACAAUGGUGAAAUGAAGAUCCACAUUAAUCUGCGAAGACCUUUAACUGCUCGUGGAAAAAAAUUUAGUUUGCCAACAAUAAAAGGAGGGAAACAUCCAAAUAACCCAAUCUUAGUUGAGGAUCAACCCAUGCCUGAUAAUAAACCUACCAGACUUGCAAAAACAAAAACAAACCCCUUAGAUGAUGACUACAUUGCAGGGUAUUCUCCAUUUGCUGUGCGUGACAUUAACUCCAAAUCAGCUCAAUUGGGAAUUAGACCUGGAUCGGACCUUAAAUAUUGGAUGAAACAAAAUCCUAAUGAGAGCAGAAAAAAAAAACAUUAAUAUAUAUAUAUAUAUAUAUAUAUAUAUAUAUAUAUAUAUAUAUAUAUAUAUAUAUAUAUAUAUAUACAUACUGCAUUACAUACAAUAGGUGGAAUUAUGGCAAAAAUUGAAGUGGUUGUUAUUUCUAGGUUAGACUUAAAUUUAUACAUAAUAUACAUGAUUUUGAGUUCUCGAGCUAGUUUUUAAAAGCCUGUUCAAAGCAAACGGUGUGACUGGGAUUGUACCAAUAAAAUUUUGGGUUAAUAAACUAUCGAAAUAGGUCAGUAGGAUGUAUGGGUACUUAUUUAUAGAAAAAUAAAACAAGGAGUUAAAAGAAAUUUUAUCAUCUUAUUACAAAAAAAGCUUUGUUUAUCAAGGACGUAAAACAAAAAGCACCAUGUAUAAUACUGAAGAGUAUUAUUAUAAUUAAAACAUUACUGAAACAGGGUAGUUUAAUAAAUAUUUCAUUUCUCGCUGAACUUCAAAGUUACGGAAGUCUUUGGUAAAUAUAAAAAUCUGUACUACAGUACUAGACAUUCCCAAAAACAUUUUUGCAAAUGUGAAGUGCACCCUGUUUGAUUUGUAGCUCUCAACAUAGUUUAUGCUAUUUAAAUCAAACUAUCCCAUCUUUUGUC